AUGGAUCGCUCUUCAGGGAGCGGCCUUGGGCCCCGUCAUGAUUCAUCAUCGCGCAUUCAGAAGCCCGAGUCUGCGGCCGACAAGAUGGCUGCCCUCAAGGCACGUGUGGCUGCGGCGAUCGGAACCAGCAAGGCAAAGGGUGGUCUGAAUGUCGGUCUGCAUCCUGCCCUAGAAGAUCUGGGGUCAUGGAAACCUCCUAGCAAAAACAAAGACGCUGGACAGUCGCAAAACCGAGCACAAUCUGACUCCAAGCGGUUUACUCCUGGUUCUCAAUCCAGGGGUCCUCCUUCGAGCGAUCGUCAUGGGCAGAGCAACCCCUACUUUGAUGAAUCGACGGCUUCACAAGAAACUGGAGGCCGACAGAGGCAUUCACGCCAGCUGAUCUUCAACCAAAAGGGAAAAUACAUUCAGCAGGCCAAUGCCUUGCGACGACAGGCAGCGAUGGAGGCCAUGAAGAAGAAGAUUGCAGAGCAGACCCGCCGAGCUGGUAUCGAGGACGACCUGGAUGUAGAAAAGAACUUUGUAGUAGAUGCGCCUCCCGAGCUGGAGUGGUGGGAUGAGGGGAUAAUAGAUGGGUCCAAUUACAACGACAUUGAGGACUCGUCGAAGCUCAAACUCACAACCCCGGACAGCAUCAUCACCGAGUACAUCCAGCAUCCCGUCGCCCUCGAACCGCCACAAGAUCGCCAAGCACCACCACCAAAAGCUAUGUACCUAACUUCAAAGGAACAAGCCAAGAUCCGUCGACAACGCAGAAUGGCAGAGCUCAAGGAGAUGCAAGCCAAGAUUCGUCUUGGUCUGGUUCCUGCGCCGCCACCAAAGGUCAAGAAAGGCAAUCUCAUGCGAGUUCUUGGAGAUGUUGCUGUCAAGGACCCCACGGCCGUCGAAUUGCGGGUUAACCGAGAAAUCGCUGAACGUCACCAAAAGCACGUUGACGCGAACGAAGAGCGAAAGCUUACGAAAGACCAGAAACAUGAGAAGCUUGCUGAUCAGCAGAAGAGGGAUGCCGACAAGGGAAUACAUGUGGUGGUUUUCAAGAUCAACAGUCUCGCCAAUGGCCAACACCGGUACAAAAUUGGUGUUAAUGCUGAGCAGCUAUCGCUUACGGGAUCGUGCAUAAUGCACCCCAAGUUCAACCUAGUUGUGGUCGAAGGCGGCGAGCGCGCUGUAAACAAGUUCAAGAAGUUAAUGCUCAAUCGCAUUGAUUGGACGGAGAACUCGCCAUCCAGGAGCAAGGAAGACCGUUCAGGCAAGGUACGGGAUUGGCUUUUAGCAGAGAACGAGAAAGGAGAACUCAAGGAUAUGUCACUCAACGAGUGCAAGUUGGUGUUUGAGGGCGAGCAAAAGACUCGGGGAUUCCGAAAAUGGGGCAGCAAGGUGUGUGAGACGGAUGCAGAGGCGCGGGACACACUCUCACGAGCCAAAAUGGAAAACUUUUGGUCUUUGGCCAAAGGAAUGGCGUAG